UAGAAAAGCUCCGGAGUAAAUUCUCUGCCGGAAUCACUCCUGCUAUUUUCUCCGUCGUCUCCGCCGCCGAGCGUAACCUGAGAGAGAGAGAUUUCCUCAGAGGUAGAGAGAGAUGGUGUUGUCUCCGGUGGUGAACACGUACCCUCUUUCGAACUACAGCUUCGGAACUAAGGAGCCAAAGCUGGAGAAGGACACUUCCGUCGCCGAUCGGCUCGCUCGUAUGAAAGUCAACUAUAUGAAGGAAGGCAUGAGGACUAGCGUUGAAGGGAUUCUACUGGUGCAAGAGCACAACCAUCCUCACAUACUUCUCCUUCAAAUUGGUAACACAUUCUGCAAACUUCCUGGUGGACGUUUGAAGCCAGGAGAAAAUGAAAUUGAGGGCUUGAAAAGAAAGUUAGCAAGUAAGCUUGGAGCUAACUCGCCCAAUCUUGUGCCUGAUUGGAAGGUAGGUGAAUGUGUGGCUACAUGGUGGCGUCCAAACUUCGAGACCAUGAUGUAUCCUUAUUGCCCUCCUCAUAUCACGAAGCCGAAGGAAUGCAAGAGACUCUUCAUAGUUCACCUGUCCGAGAAAGAGUACUUUGCUGUGCCCAAAAACUUGAAACUCUUGGCUGUCCCGUUGUUCGAACUCUAUGACAACGUUCAGCGAUAUGGACCGGUAAUAUCGACCAUUCCUCAACAGCUCUCAAGAUUCCAUUUCAACAUGAUUAGUUCUUGAGCUUCACCAGUUUCAGAGAUCAAACUCGGUAAGGGUACUCGAGUUUUUUUUUUCCGGGUUUCAUUAGAUCAGUUUUAAGGUUUAAGCCAUUUGUCAUACCAAACCAAACGAGUAGGAGAUUUGAUUAAAAGACAGACGCCACCAUGUUUGAAACACUUUCUCUGACUUAGGGCUCAGGUUCGGAAAAUAGACAUUGUGGACACUCUGUGUUCCGCUCCAUUGUUUGGGAUUUUGCGACUCCGGUGUGCAAGUAGAAAGCUAUUUUAUUUUUAUGGAUUGUGUUUCUUUUCUUUGAAUAUAAUUUUGUAGGGUUUAUUAUAGCAUUUAAUUUCCAAAUUCAGAAGAUCGGGUAUGUAAGGAUUAAAAAAUGGAUUUCUAUUGUAAUUUUUUUAUUUAUGAA